AGGAUGUAUUACUAACGGAUGGUCACUUCACACAGAGUGAUAUUGCUACAAAUUAUCACAAAUUGGCCGGAAGGACUGUUAGGUCACGGUUGGAUUGACAACUUGUAAGGAGUAUAUCUUUGACAUGUGAUGGGAUCUGGAAUCCCACUUUGGUCUCUCAAUCAACGAGUGGGAAAUUAUCAAGUGUGAGUGGACAUCUUAAAAAAACACAUGAGCUGCUACAAUUUCAAUCACAGGAUGCAGCCACAGUCUGGUCUCGCCCACUGAAUGACGUACACAAUCAGGAGCCGAUUUAAUAUUCAUGCUAAAGAAGGCUGGGUCGACUUCCAGGAACAGCUUGUUGAUAAACACACACACAUGAUAGUCGGACUGUGCUUAGCUGGUAUCCUUUAUAAGAGAUCAAGCUACAUUUUGAUGUCACUGCUCAGUAUAUAUACACACACACACAGGAACAAGUAGCUGCAUACUCCCAAGGAACACGUAGCUGCAUACUCCCAAGGAACACGUAGCUGCAUACUACCAAGGAACACGUAGCUGCAUACUACCAAGGAACACGUAGCUGCAUACUCCCAAGGAACACCUAGGUUUGCAUUCUCCCAAGGAACACAAAGCUGCAUACUCCCAAGGAACAUGUCACUGCAUACUCCAAAGGAACACGUAGCUGCAUACUCCCAGGAAAACGUAGUUGCAUACUCCCAAGGAACAUGUAGUUGUAUACUCGCAAGGAACACGUAGUUGCAUACUUGUAAGGAACACGCGCAUACUCGCAAGGAACACGUAGCUGCAUACUUGCAAGGAACACGUAGCUGCACUUGCAAGGAACACGUAGCUGCAUACUCGCAAGGAACACGUAGCUGCAUACUCGCAAGGAACACGUCACUGCAUACUCCAGGGGAACACGUAGCUUCAUACUUGCAAGGAUUAUAUAUCUUCAAACGAAUUGUAAGGGACUCAAUCAUAUAUACUUGGUUUGCGGUAACACCACGUGUGUAUCUUCUUGCCAGAUAGAUUUCUGAUUUCGACCAGCUUGCUCUAGUCAUCGUCGGGAGAUGAGCUCACAAAUGAUGGUGCACACGUAAUAGUGAGGCUCGGAGUUUAAAAUAGUCUGGUUCUGUUUUAUGCAAGAUUGCCUAAUAGUUUGAAAUUACACGGAUGGCGACAGGGUGAUGAUUUAUUUAUAGGAUGGCCCUUGAUGCAAUGAGAACAGACUCUUCGCCCUUUAUGAACUCAAGUGAUACAGGAAUCACACCCAACAUACUCCAGAAGUCUGGAAACCAUACUAAAGCAGUCUUUGCGAAGUUAUGGAACACCACGUUCUUUCAGAAUGGAGGGAUAGUUAAUGCAACUGAGAGUCCUGAAGUCUUCCAGUGGUCGAUGAUGCUCAACUUCUUCAUGAUGGGAUUCUUAAUGGUGACAGGCAUUCUGGGUAAUGUCCUCAUCGUUGCCGUGUACUUACAGAAUCGACGGAAGCGUCAGUCAACCGCAAAUUAUUUUCUCUGCAGUCUCGCUAUAGUGGAUCUAAUUGUUUGUUUAAUCGCAAUUCCGGUUCAUCUUCAUUUGGAGUAUUCAGCAUUUAACCGCCCUAUUUUUGCCUUAGAAUGCGCCCUUUUCGCGUAUAUUUGGCAUGUGGUGAUGUUUGGCUCAGCGUGGAUGUUAGUCGGUAUCUCGAUCGAUCGGUACUACUGCCUCUGCCAACCAUUUAUCUUGAGGACUCAAGCGAGACACGUCACGCGGACCAUUCUGAUAAUUUGGGCUUCUACCGUCAUCAUCUCGAUCCCGACCUCCUUCUUUUACGACGACCAAUGUCAGAGGUUAACGUUCAUUACGAGGUCAGAGCGGCUCGGCAUUGCCCUGGCUGAGAGUCUAGUGAGUCUGAUCAUCCCGCUACUCAUCAUUACGAUUGCUUAUGCUAAAAUCUUCUGGGUGAUCUCCAAACGGAACAACGAAACACAGAAUGCGAGCCAUCGGCAGAAACUUAUGCACAACACGCGGUAUAUCGUCGCGAAGCGACUCUUACUGGUCAUUGGUGCCUUUGUCUUAUGCUGGUUGCCGAGGAUGAUAGCCGAGAUCUACACUGCCUCGUUACAGGAGGAACAAACACAGAUAACACAAACGCUAUACAUUUGUCAAACUAUUGUGCCUUACUUUAACUCUAUACUGAAUCCUAUAUUGUACUCGUUGAUCAACCCAAAAUUCCGUCACGGAUGUCGGAGAAUUCUGCUGAGCUGUUUGGGGUACUUUGUGCCCAUGCCUGCAGCUGCAGCUAAGUAUACGUGUAGAAGUAGUAGUGCGUUAUACCACUAAGGGCCUUGCUAAUACGCUUCAAAUACUUGGUAAUAUAAAAAAAAAAUUGGUUAAUGGUUCUGUGGUACAUUCUAGAAAUACAGGCUGUGGUUUCAGGGAACCUCUUCAGGUUAAUUUUGAUUCGCUUUAUCACAAUGUAGCAUGCAACACUAUACUGUCCCCAAAACAGAUCCCCAUCCCUUUUUAGUUUAAGACAGAUAAUGUCAUUCAAUUAAAAUUCUAGCUAAACACAAGAUCACUGCAAAAUGGUACAUUUAACUCGUAAACUUCAAGUCAAAGCUUAAAAUCUUAACACUCAAUAGACCUUUAUCAUUGGGUAUCAGGGGUGGAUUUCACAAAGAGAUAAGACAAGGCUUAUCUUGAAGCUGCCUAACUUAGGACUAGCCUUAAGGUUUUAAUAACUCCUAAAGAGUCCUAGGACUAGUCCUAAGUUAAGACCAUCUUAGUGACAUCACCCAUGGGGUGGAUUUCACAAAGAGUGAAGACUAGUCUUAGGACGAGUUACUCGUCCUCACUUAGGACUAGC